CGGCUUGGAUCAACGUCGGUUCAGCAAACCUUCCGCUUGAAAAAGUUGUUCAAACACGAACAAUUUAGCAUGAGAAACCUACGUAAUGACGUCGCCCUUCUUCAACUAGAGCGGCCAGUACAAGCAAGCAGUAAAGUGAACACGGUGUGCUUGCCGAGGUCAGGAAGGAGGGUUCCCGCGGGAACACGGUGUUACAUUACAGGCUGGGGAAGGACUGUCGGAGGUGGAAGUGCCGCCGACACUCUCCAACAGGCUGUGCUACCCGUGGCUGAACACAGUGCUUGUAGCAGAGUAAACGGAAGAUUAGUUCCUGUUGACGAGAGGUCCAUGGUGUGCGCUGGAGGUCAAGGCAAAGGUGGAUGUCAGGGAGACAGUGGUGGACCGUUUGUCUGCAAUGAGGGUGGUCGAUUUGUUCUGCGGGGUGCAGUUAGCUGGGGACACUCCCAGUGCAGAACCGAUCAUUAUACAGUGUUCGCUCGUAUAAGCAGUUUUAUUGGAUGGAUCAACCAGAAGAAGUCAGGAGGUAGUUUAAAAAAAUCGAUAAAAAUAAUUUUGAGUGCUUUUUGUCUUCUUUUAUCAGGAUAAAGCUGUCUAACAAUAACAGUUAGCGAUUUGCCACAAAACAUAAACAUGAUGUCUAAGGGUAGUUUAAUAAGAGCACCGAUUAACAUUUAUUGCCCAAUGGGGCAUGUGAA